AUGAAGAACCAUGAAGAAAUUGAUCAUCAACAACAUGUUCUGAACAUGAUGAUGGCCAUGAUUGGGUCAAACUCAUUCUCUCAUGAGGUGAAUUCCAAUUCUAACAACCACCACUACAACUUUCAGAAUUCCAAUUCAAACAAUAACUACAAUAACAUGUUGGGCACUACUCCUUCGACGGUAUUGCAUGUGAAUGACCUAUUGAUGAUGCCCAUGUUGUCCGCAACAAACGACCAACAACCACAACCACAACAACAAAUUGUUCAGAUCCACUCUCCACUUGCUUCUACUGCAUGCAUGUGGCAAGAGGAUGAUUGGCAUCCAGAAAACAUCAACCGCUCGUAUCAUGGCAUGCAAAAUAACAUGCAAUUCUUGUCAGAGAUAGGGUCAAGAACCAAAGAGCACCACAUUCAAGGAAAUUAUGUAUCUCCUUCUGCAGCAAUACCAAAUUUUGGAAAACAACAUAACAACCAUUCCAAACAAACUUCACAUGCAGACAAAUACCCAUGA